AUGUGGUCCCGUGGACCCCCCGCUGGCCCCAAGCCAGAAGCUUCAGCAAACCAGGCAUCCUCGCGGAAUAAGCAGCAACCUGCUCAUUGCUGUUCCGACUGGAUCAGAGACAUGGCUAAUCCGUUCCAGCGCUUGCUGACCGAGCUGCCGAACCCCGAUGGCGGCUCCUUCGGCUCUUUCUACAGCCUUCCUGCUCUCAACGACCCUCGCAUCGAUGAGCUGCCAAUCUCCAUCCGUUACCUUCUGGAGUCCGCCAUUCGUAACUGUGACAACUUCCAGGUCAUGGAAAAGGACAUUGAGAAGAUUUUGGACUGGGCCAACACCUCCCAGCACCAAGUCGAGAUACCGUUCAAGCCUGCGCGUGUCAUCCUGCAGGACUUCACUGGCGUUCCUGCUGUUGUGGACCUCGCUGCGAUGAGGGACGCCAUGAAGGCGUCUGGCGGCGAUCCCUCUGCCAUCAACCCUCAUGUGCCGGUGGAUCUGGUGAUUGACCACUCGGUGCAGGUGGACUACGCGGGCGCGUCCAACGCGCUGAGCCUCAACAUGGAGCGCGAGUUCGAGCGCAACAGGGAGCGGUUCGCGUUCCUCAAGUGGGGCUCCAAGGCCUUCAGCAACAUGCUCGUGGUCCCCCCUGGCUCUGGCAUCGUGCACCAGGUGAAUCUGGAGUAUCUCGCGCGCGUGGUGAUGGAGAUCAACGGCCUCCUCUACCCCGACAGCGUCGUCGGCACCGACUCCCACACCACCAUGAUCGACGGGCUCGGCGUCGCAGGCUGGGGCGUGGGAGGCAUCGAGGCCGAAGCAGCCAUGCUCGGGCAGGCCAUGAGCAUGGUCCUGCCCCAAGUCGUGGGGUUCAAGCUCACGGGAAAACUCCAGCCGGGGGUCACCGCGACCGACCUCGUCCUCACGUGCACCCAGAUGCUGAGGAAGCACGGGGUGGUGGGAAAAUUCGUGGAGUUUUACGGCGAGGGGACAAGGGAGCUGUCUCUGGCAGACAGGGCGACGGUUGCGAAUAUGUCGCCUGAGUAUGGGGCGACGAUGGGGUUUUUCCCGGUGGAUGCGGUGACUCUGCAGUACCUGAGGGUGACGGGGAGGGAUGAGACGAAGCUGAAGCAGAUCGAGGCGUACAUGCGCGCUAAUCACUUGUUUAUGGACCAUGCAACCGCUGGAGAGGCAGAGGCCAAGCGCAAGUACUCGUCCUACCUCGAGCUCGACCUUGCCACUGUCGAGCCAUGCGUCUCUGGACCCAAGAGGCCGCAUGACCGUGUAACUUUGAAGACCAUGAAGUCCGACUGGCACGCUUGCCUCGACAACCCCGUUGGCUUUAAGGGCUUCGCCAUUCCCAAGGCGCAGCAGGACAAGGCAGUGAAGGUGACUGUCAAGGAAGGGGUGGAAACCGAGCUGAAGCACGGCUCUGUGGUGAUCGCUGCCAUCACCUCCUGCACCAACACGUCCAACCCGUCGGUGAUGCUGGCAGCAGCCAUUGUGGCGAAGAAGGCGAGCGAGAGGGGUCUCAGGGUCAAGCCAUAUGUGAAGACGAGCCUUGCGCCUGGCUCCAACGUCGUCACAAAAUACCUUGAAGCCAGUGGUCUCCUCCCGACCCUUGAGGGCCAGGGAUUCCAUGUGGUGGGCUAUGGCUGCACCACGUGCAUUGGGAACUCCGGGGAGAUCAACGAGGCUGUUGGACAGGCCAUUGCUGACAACGACCUUGUUGCAGCAGCGGUGCUGUCUGGUAACCGCAACUUCGAGGGGCGUGUGCACCCUCUCACCCGAGCCAACUACCUUGCCUCCCCACCUCUUGUCGUGGCAUACGCGCUUGCUGGCACGGUGGACAUAGACUUUGAGACGGAGCCCAUCGGCACGGACAGGGAUGGCAAUGCGGUUUUCCUGAGGGACAUCUGGCCUUCCAACGAGGAGGUGGCAGAGGUCGUGGAGCGCGCGGUUCUUCCUCAGUUCUUCCAGUCGGUCUACAAGGCAGUGAAGGAGGGCGCCACCAACGCGCUCUGGAACAGCCUGCCUGCGGAGAACGAGCCUCUGUACCGCUGGGAACCGUCCUCCACCUACAUCCACGACCCGCCCUACUUCAAGAACUUUCCCCGCGACCCCCCCGGUGGCAAGGACGUGAAGGACGCCUACUGCCUGCUCAACCUUGGGGACUCCAUUACGACUGACCAUAUCUCCCCCGCAGGAAGCAUCCACAAGGACAGCGCUGCGGCGAAGUAUCUCACAGAAAGGGGAGUAGCCAGGAAGGACUUCAACUCUUACGGCAGCAGGCGGGGCAACGACGAGGUCAUGACCCGCGGCACGUUUGCGAAUAUUCGGCUGGUGAACAAGCUCAUGGGGGGCGAGGUGGGGCCCAAGACGGUGCACCUGCCUUCGGGAGAGAAGAUGAGCGUCUUUGAUGCCGCCAUGAGGUACAAGGCGGAGGGGCAUGCCACGAUUGUCCUGGCAGGGGCCGAGUAUGGGAGCGGCUCUUCCCGUGACUGGGCUGCCAAGGGACCGUACCUGCAGGGAGUGCGAGCCGUCAUCUCCGUCUCAUUCGAGCGCAUUCACCGCAGCAACCUGGUGGGGAUGGGCAUCAUCCCGCUCUGCUUCAAGCCCGGCCAAAAUGCCGAGACACUGGGGCUGACUGGAAAGGAGCGCUUCUCCUUCUCGCUGCCGCCGGUGGAUCAGAUUCAGCCCGGACAGGACGUGGUUGUUUCAACUGACAACGGGAAGAGCUUCACAUGCACUCUGCGGUUCGAUACUGAGCUUGAGAAGGCCUACUACAAUCACGGGGGCAUUCUGCACUUCGUGCUGCGGCAGCUGUUGGCCAAGUCCACUGCUGCUUGA